UCUUCGGCGGGAACGGUAGCUCCAGCCAACCUGGCUCCAGCUUCUGGAGGCUCCCUGAGCGACCUCGGGUAGCCUGCGACCAUGCCGAGGCCCGUGCGGAAUAAGAAACCAGUCGAUUACUCGCAGUCUUUGGAUUCAGACUAUGAUGAUGAUGAUGAUUUUGCUCCUUGGACUGCAACUUCAAACAAAAAAUCAAAAAUACCAAAGGAAACAAAACGAGAAAAGCAGGAGAAACCAAAAUCCAAAAACAGCCAUAAAGAAGAAUCUCCACUCCAAGUGAAAACACCUAAUAAAAGGAUGGCCUUGGAUGACAAACUCUAUAAGAGAGAUUUAGAAGUUGCACUAGCAUUAUCCGUGAAGGAACCUUCUGUAGCAACUACUGAUAUGCAGAAAUCUCAAGAUGUUGAAAAAUGUGAUACUGCUGAAUCUGAAAAAAUGAAUAUUUCUCGUCACCUCUCUAAUUGCAGCGUAGAUGGUGUUUGCUUCAAUUUAAAUAAAAUUACUGAGGAAGAUGAUUCUCAUGCUGGUCAUAGGCCAAGAAAAGCUGCAUCCAAAGCUAUGAUACAACAGAGGAAGUUACUUAGAAAAAAUAGUGAAGAUGAUGAUAGUACUGACUCUGAACCAGACUUUACAAGUGAAAGUAAUUCUGAUUUCAGUGAAAGUGAGAGGGAAGAUGAUGAAGAUUUUACUACAAAGAAAAAUAAAGCCAAAGAAAAUAAAAAGAGAAGUGCUAAGGUCAAAGCCCCAGUGGAAAAGAAAGAGAAGAAAACUGCUAAGACUUCUCACAGUUUAGUAGCUCCAGUGGUCUCUCAUCCAGCACCUGUUGAAUCAAAACCAGCACCAAAAGAAGCUUGCCUGUCUUCAAAGCUUGUUAGGAAGCCAUUACAAGCACUCAGCCCUUUAGCUGAAUCUAAGAGGCCCAGAUGGGUCCCACCAGCCUCAUCAGGAAGCAGCAGCAGCAACCGACUUGGAGGAGUUUCUGUCAAGUCUCCCAGUCAUGGUCUCCGACUUGGCCUGUCAAGAUUUGCACGCGUUAAACCUCUCCAUCCAACUGCCAGCAGUACCUGAAAAUCUUUGAUAAAUGAAUUCUAGUUUUGAAAGAAUGUUCUUAUUUGAAAAGGGUAAUGAUAAUUGAAAUAUAGUUAUUUUCAAUUUGAUGCAGAAAAUCUUAAAUCUAAAAACUUAAAUAAGGAUGUUGCUAGUCUAUUCAUGAUUGCAAAGAGAACUUUGUAAAGAACUCUCUUCUAGUUUGUUUAUUCCUAAAGAACACAUAUUUAAUUUGGAAUAACAAGUCAGGUGAUGUUAGUUUUGGAAGUACUAAAUGUAUGAUAUAAUGUAGUAACAGAUGUAUACUUAGAGCCAAUUAUGGCUUAGUGUAAUUUAUGUCAAUGUAGUUUUGUAGAGUUUAUUGGGAAAGUGAAAAUUACGAUUACACUUCCCUAUCUUAAUGUAACACUUAUCUUGUAGAAGCUCAUUAAGCUAAAUAAUAUGUUUUAUUGUAAGGAUGUUUCAUUUUAAUAAGCAAAAUAUUUUUCUAAUAAAAAUGUGUAACUUUAAUAUUUUUAAGUAGUUGCUGAAUUGUGACUUAUGGCUCAAAUUACAGUUGUGUAUAAUGUAUAAAUAAAUUUUCAU